UAGGCAGGAGAAGCCUUUGCUUUUUCCCGUUACUUCUGACACCGUGAAUAUGUGUAGUGACACCACCGCCAGGCUUUCGCCACAGCGGAGAAAAAGUGAAGCGGAGAGAUUAGGGAGAUGAAAAGUUAUUUAGUCAGGCGUCAAUUUGUAAACAAAAUGGCGAGUCGGUUGAGGAUGUUAUAGCUUGAUGGCAAGCUAGCUCUACCUACUGAAUGGUAUGAAGUCUACAAACUGUUCUAAUGUCAUUAUAACACUGCAAGCUGGGAAGCGGAGAAGACUCAUAUGGGACGCUAUGUCUUCGGAUAGGAUACACGAACCUUUUAUUGCCUAAUUUUCAAAGGAACUAUGUUUGUCCCGGAAUGUUACGAGGACUACUGGCUACAGUGUUACCUUCCAGACGAACAGUGCAGUAACUUCUUCCGUCGCGCUGGACACUGCAACUAAAAAGGGUUCUUGCCAAAAAAGCAACCAGCGCUCCAGAAAAGUUUAAACAUAUUUUUAAAAUAGCGCCAAGGCGUUCAUCCGCCUCUUAACCCUGCAUUGUAUUAAUGCCUUUCAGGAAUGUUGUACAUACAUUUAGAAAGAAGAACUGCUGUUACCCUCAGGUAUCACUUCAUUUGGCAGUGCACUUUGUUGAUGUGAUAAUCAUGUAUGACACUCUUUCGACGGAUUACAGCUACAUAUCCUUACGUAUCUGAGGAACUCUGCAUCGUUCAACCUUUUCUCCAACUGUCGGCAAACUACUGUACUGUUUCUACCAUGGCUGUCAGGUCAAGGAGACCUUGGAUGAGCGUAAUUGUUGGGAUAGUUCUUGGAUUCACAGCUGCUUCUUGGCUGAUUGUCCCCAGGGUGAUGGAAAUCAGUGGCAAGAAGAGGCGGUCCUCCAUGUGUUCUUACUAUAGCAAUUCUGUGAAUAUAGCCAAAGUUCCAGAAGUGCACGGCAGCACCGCAACGAGCAAUGCGUGGCGCAAAGACCCGGAGAGCCCCAUAUCUAGCCAAGAAGGAAGUGAGGAGGAGGAGGAAAGUGUCUACCGGACAGGCAAUGGCAGCGGGGAUGGCGGCGGACCUAUAGCCAAACCUAAGCAUUUCCUCUACGUGGGUGUCAUGACAGCCAAAAAGUACCUUGAUUCACGAGCCGUUGCCGCGCAUAGGACGUGGACUCGUUCCAUACCGGGGAAGGUGGAGUUUUACUCCAGUGAAGGCUCGGACGUGGUGCCGCUGCCAAGUCCCCUCCCCGUGGUGUCGUUGGCCGGAGUGGACGACUCGUACCCUCCCCAAAAGAAAUCUUUUAUGAUGCUUAAAUACAUGCACGACCAUUACUUGGAUAAAUACGAGUGGUUCAUGAGAGCAGAUGACGAUGUCUACAUCCGAGGAGAGAAGCUGGAGUCCUUCCUGAGGUCGCUGAACAGCAGCAAGCCCCUGUACCUGGGCCAGACGGGCCUGGGCACCAUGGAGGAGCUGGGCAAGCUGGCGCUGGAGCCCGGCGAGAACUUCUGCAUGGGCGGCCCCGGCAUGAUCUUCAGCCGCGAGGUGCUGCGGCGCAUGGUGCCGCACAUCCGCACCUGCCUGCGGGAGAUGUACACCACCCACGAGGACGUGGAGGUGGGCCGCUGCGUGCGCCGCUUCGGGGGCACCCAGUGCGUCUGGUCCUACGAGAUGCAGCAGCUGUUCUACGAGAACUACGAGCACAACAAGAAGGGCUUCAUCCAGGACCUGCACAACAGCAAGAUCCACGACGCCAUCACGCUGCACCCCAACAAGCGGCCCGCCUACCAGUACCGGCUGCACAGCUACAUGCUCAGCCGGCAGAUCUCGCAGCUGCGCUACCGCACCAUCCAGCUGCACCGCGAGGGCGUCGCCAUGAGCAAGCUGGGCGACGCCGAGGUGCAGCGGGAGGACCAGCAGCUGGGGGCGCCACCCUCCUACACGCGCUACCAGCCGGCGGAGCGCCGCGGCGUCAUCGAGUGGGACUUCCUGACCGGCCGGCACCUGUACGCCACCGGCGAGAAGCAGAUGCCCCGGCAGGGGCUCGGGAGCGUGCUGCGCGCGGCGCUGGAGGACACGGUCAUGCAGGUGAUGGAGAUGAUCAACGAGAACUCCAAGGCGCGCGGCCGCGUCAUCGACUUCAAGGAGAUCCAGUACGGCUACCGGCGCGUGGACCCGCUGCACGGCGCCGAGUACAUCCUGGACCUGCUGCUGCUCUACAAGAAGCACAAGGGCCGCAAGGUGACGGUGCCCGUGCGCCGCCACGCCUACCUGCAGCAGUCCUUCAGCCGGCCGUUCUUCGCCGAGGCCGAGGAGCUGGACGCGGGCGAGCUGGCGGACGCCAUCAACGCCGAGUCGCAGUCCUUCUCCUUCCUGUCCAACUCGCUCAAGAUCUUCGCGCCGUUCCAGCUGCCCGAGGCGGCGCGGGAGCUGCGCGAGCGGGGCCAGAAGAAGGUCCACAUCCUGGUGCCGCUGACCGGCCGCUACGACACCUUCGCGCGCUUCAUGGACAACUUUGAGCGCACGUGCCUGCUGCCCAGCCAGAACGUCAAGCUGACGAUCAUCCUCGUGGACAACGACACCAACCAGGACCGCGAGAAGCACCUGGACCUCAUCAAGGAGUUCCACAACAAGUACCCCAAGGGCGACCUGUCGGUCAUCCCCAUGACGGGCGACUUCUCCCGAGGCCUGGCCCUGGAGCUGGGCUCGUCGCUGCUGACCAACAACAGCCUGCUGUUCUUCUGCGACGUGGACCUGCUCUUCAACGCCGACGCGCUGCAGCGCUGCCGCGACAACGCCGUGCAGGGCAGCCAGGCCUACUUCCCCGUGGUCUUCAGCCAGUACGACCCCAAGAUCGUCUACGCCGGGAACCCGCCGCCGUCGGACGACGCCAACUUCGUCUUCACCAAGAAGAGCGGCUUCUGGCGGGACUACGGCUUCGGCAUCGCCUGCAUCUUCAAGAGCGACCUGCAGCGCGCCGGGGGAUUCGACACGUCCAUCCAGGGCUGGGGCCUGGAGGACGUGGACCUCUUCACCAAGGUCAUCAGCUCGGGCCUCAAGGCCUUCCGCAGCCAGGAGCCCGGCAUCGUCCACGUGUACCACCCGGUCCACUGCGACGCCAACCUGGAGCCCAAGCAGUACAAGAUGUGCCUGGGCUCGAAGGCGAGCACGUACGCGUCCACCAUGCAGCUGGCCGAACUCUGGCUGGAGAAACACUUGGGCGUGGGCUACAACAGGACUUCUUCUUGAUAGGCCCCGGGAGCUCUCCAUCACUGUCAUCAAGAGUUUACCUCAGUUCUGCAUGAAUCGGAGAGGAGAGAGAGAGAGAGAAAGAGAAAGAGAGAUGGACCAAUGUGUAUGAGUGUGUGAGCAAAUGUGUGUUUGUGUGUGUGUGUGUGUGUGUGUGUGGGUGGGUUUGGGAGGACUGUGUUGACUCGUUGCCAGUGCGUAUAUGUCCGCACAAUGCCAUGCUAAAGACAAGUGAAUUUCAAAGGUACGUUCAGUCAUUUUUUUUUUCAGUGCAAUUUUUGCUGUCCCCCUGCCCUACAAUUUUUGUUCCCCUCUUCUUAUUCUUUAUCUCUUUUUGUUUGGACUGACGGACACUUCUCUACAGCGUCUUCCAAAGGACAUUGGUUUGCGCGGGCCUGUCAGCUCGCCUGUGCUUCAGACCUUGUGAAUGAGACUGUGAUAUAACU